UUGUUAUACCGGUUAGUAGUCCCCGCGGUUCUGUGGCGGAAGGUUGUGUGAAGCGCUGGCUGACCGAAUUUCGGGUCUGAAUGUUGUGUAAAGCAUGAGCAUUGUUUAGUGAUAUAACGUCAAAAAUUCGGAUAUUAACAUGCAAUUCCCUGCCAGAAAAUGAAAGACAAGGGAGGACAUAGCAGCUCGGCAGCAGACAGCCACCACCACUGCAAGCAUCUCGACGCGGAGGUUGAAAUUCCCAAGAACACUAUGGUGGCCAGCCAUGCGUGUGGUGUGUGUGGCACCGAGGCCGCACUAGUAUGCGGAGGCUGCUCCAGCGUCUUCUACUGCGGCAAGGAGCACCAGAAGCAGCACUGGGGUUCUCACAGGAAAGAAUGCCUCCCGUAUAAAGUAGUUGCUUCUCCAGAGGCGGGAAAAUACUUGAUAGCGUCGAGGCGACUUCGAGAAGGCCAAGUCCUGUUCCAAGAGUUCCCCCUCAUGAUGGGUCCCGUGUCAGUCUCGCCUCUGGUGUGCCUUGGCUGCCACUGCGCCAUCGAAGGCACCGACUUUCCCCGCUGUCCAGAAUGCCACUGGCCAUUGUGCUCAUCGGCGUGUGCCUCUAGCAGUGUCCACCGGAUCGAGUGCUCAGUCCUUGCCGCAGAUACCAGGCGCAUCGGCCCGCCCACAAGCCAAGGCCCGCCCACCCUCCGGUAUGAUUCCAUUCUCUUGCUUCGCUGCCUUUCGUUGCGUUCCAACCGACCCUCUGACUGGGAGACAAUGCUGGACAUGGUCAGCCACGCAGGGCACUACCAGAAGGCGCAGGAUACGGUCCACACAGUCACUGUACGUUAUGUGAAGGAGGUACUAAAGUUGGACCUUGACAGUGACACCAUUCACCAAGUGCGCGGCGCCAUCGCUGCAAAUUCAAUAGAAAUACGGAAUGUCGACGGGACCAAAAUCAGGGCAGUGUACCCUAGAGUCCGUCUUCUGAAUCACGCCUGCACGCCCAAUGUCCACCUAACUUCCACCAAAGAAGGUGCUAUGGAGGUUCGGACAGCUGUCAGUAUCGACAAAGGAGAACCGCUUUACAUCUGUUACACAGGGACAACUCUGCCUCUUUGGGAUCGACAGAGGAUCUUGAACGACAUGUACUUCUUCCGCUGCGAAUGUAACCGCUGCACAGACCCAACAGAACUGGGCACACAUUACUCUUCCCCAAAAUGCCCCGAGUGCAGCAGCCGCUACUUGAAGCCUCAGUCCUGGGUCAAUCAGACAACGUGGGAAUGCGACAACUGCAGAACUGAGCGAUCGGACACGGAAAUCCAAGAGCACGUGAGAGAAUGGGAGGAGAGAUUCAGCAUGGACGACGUGUUCUCCCAGAAAUCUGUCAAGCAGAUCAAGAAGAUGAUCGACUGCAUCGAGAGCGAGUUUCACGCCCGCCAUCACGUGUGGCUGACGGCGGCCCAGGCGGCGCUGCGGGAGCUCAAGGCCAUCGACACGGAGCACAGCCUGCACCUCCGGGCUGAACUCUGGGCGAAGCUUCUCAGUUUACUAAGUGUCCUCGAGCCGGGACUGAGCAGGAGGCGAGGCAUCGUGCUACUUGAAACCGGCAUCGCCCUCCUGGACGAGGCCAAGAGCGAGCACGAGAGCGGAAACGCGUUCGUGCCGCAGCUGACGGAGAGGCUGCAGGUGGCAGCGACGCACCUGAAGGAAGCCGCGCACAUCUUGGGACUGGAACCCCCAGGCUCCCAGUCGGCGCCCCUGGCCAGCAAGGCUCAGGAAAAGGUGGUCACGACCGAGAACUUCCUGACGAGGCUUCAGGAGGGGGGUGUGCGAGCGGAGUGAGGAGUCGCGGCUGGGCUUCGAAUCGGACCUUCGUCAGUGAUACAGUGCUUUUACAAUUACAGAUGGCGGACUGAAAUGAACUGUGGUGAAGUGUCAUUGUUCUGUACUGUUCCAAAACUGUUCAGAUUCUGUCUUCUUCCAUGGCAUUACUUUGAAAUACUGAUCUUCCUAUUAAUAAAAUGUGCAUUGCUUUACCACCUGGUAGCUACUGUUUUAAAGGUUUAAAGAUUAUAAUAGCAGCAAAGGCGUUAAAAGAUUACAAAUUACCAUUUUUAGCUCUUGCAGGCACCAUGCCAUACCACAGUGCUGCUGCAGAAUUUUUAUUAAUUAUUAAACAUAAUAAUUAAAG